UCAAUAUUGUUCGUUUCCUUCCCCUCUACGGAGUAACUCUCACCCGAACCGGUCCUUCCUACUCCCCGCCGCUUCAUUCCAUUUCUCGCUCUCUCUCCCCCGCCCCCACUCUCUCUCUAGAACAUAUACUUAUAAAAUAAAAUCCUGAAAAAUAAACUGGACGCUCGAUAAACUGAUCUCCCGCAAUCACCCACCCUCGUCUCUCUCUCUCUCUCUCUCUCUCUCUCUCUCCACAACAAACUUUCAGAUCAAAGAGAAAGACAGACGAAAUGGUUGAAACCAGGCGAAGCUCAUCUUCAUCGAAACGUCCGCUCUCUUCUCCCCUCCCCAGCGGCAAACGAUCCAAGGCGGCGGAGGACUCGUCGUCGACCACCGAAAAACCCUGUGCGCCGCCGCCGCCGACCGAAACCGUUGUUAAGGAAUCGGGAUGCGAGGAUCAAGGCCAGGAGGAGGCUCGAUCUUCUGAUCCGCCUCUUGUUCUUGAGAAAUCUCCUGAUGUCGAAGUAGAAGAAGCCGAGCCUCUGGCGUCUCCGGCGUUUCUAGGUGAUUCAAAUGCUGAUGCAGAGAAGUCAAAGUCAGUUCCUUCGGCACUUAAUAGGGCGAAGAAACGGCAACUGAAACCACAUGUGAAGGUCGCAUGGGGAAAGCUUCUUUCUCAGUUCUCUCAGAAUCCCCAUGUGGUCAUGAGUGGUCCUAUUUUUACGGUUGGUCAAGGUCGUCAAUGCAACUUGUGGAUCAGAGAUCCAUCCAUUAGUAAAUCUUUGUGCAAUCUGAGGCCCACGGAACAGCAGCGGGGAGGUUCUCCUGGUACCUUACUGGAAAUUAUUGGCGGAAAAGGUGUUGUCCAAGUAAAUGGCAAAAUUUGCCCGAAAAGUUCUACUAUUCCUCUGAAUGGAGGCGAUGAGGUGGUUUUUAGCUCAUCUGGUAGACACGCUUAUAUUUUCCAGCAACUUGUGAAUGAUGAUUUAGCUGCUGCUGGUGUGCCACCUUCAUUGAGCAUAUUAGAAUCCCAUGGUGCUCCAAUGAAGGGAUUGCACUUUGAAACAAGAUCUGGAGAUGCUUCAGCUGUUGCAGGAGCAUCAAUUUUAGCAUCUUUGUCAAAUCUCCGAAAAGAGUUGUCUGUCCAUCCACGUAACGAGGAGGAUGUGCAACAAGGUUCUGAAAUGCCUACAUUACCUUCUGCUUGUGAAGCGCCUGAUAAUUGUACUCUGGAUGCUGAAAUGAAGGAUACUUCUGAUCAUGAUGAUGGGGCUGGGAGUGUUAAAGAUGUUCCAUCUUCUGACGCUGCUAUUGAAAACAUGAAUCUUGAUAACAUACUGGAUUUUUCGGGGGAUGCAGAUAUUGGGAAGGUCCCUGGAGGAACUCAUGAAUUAAGACCACUUAUGCGGAUGCUUGCACGUUCACCUGCUGGAAGUAUUGCUAAAGUACUCGAUGAGCAAAGGGGAAUCACAGAACUUCUCAAGGGGUUUGAUACUCCAAUUUUGGCAGCGACUAGGCGGCAAGAAUUUAAAGAUGGGUUACAACAAGGAAUCCUCAGCGCCAGCAACAUUGAAGUUUCAUUUGAAGACUUCCCAUAUUAUUUAAGUGAGACCACUAAGAAUGUUUUGAUUGCAUCGACCUAUAUACAUUUGAAGUGCAAUAAAUUUGCAAAGUACACGUCAGAUCUUCCUACUGUGAUCCCAAGAAUACUAUUGUCUGGUCCUGCAGGUUCAGAGAUAUAUCAGGAAAUACUGACCAAGGCGCUGGCCAAACAUUUUGGUGCUAGACUUCUUAUGGUUGAUUCUCUCCUACUGCCCGGUGGGUCUAUUUCCAAGGAUAUUGAUUAUUAUGUGAAAGAGAGUGCAAGGCCUGAAAGAUCGAGUGUGUUUGCUAAACGGGCCGGACAGGCAGCUUUAAUACAUCUCAGGAAACCAACCUCGAGUGUUGAGGCAAAUAUAACUGGUGGGUCUACCAUAAGUUCUCAGGCGCAGCCUAAGCAGGAGGCAUCUACAGCUACAUCAAAGAGCUACACUUUCAAGAAAGGUGAUAGAGUAAAAUUUGUGGGUUCCUUGCCGUCUGGAUUUUCGCCAUUGCAAAGGGGGCCCACAUAUGGUUCUAGAGGUAAAGUUGUUCUUGCAUUUGAAGAUAAUGGUUCUUCCAAAGUGGGGGUUAGAUUUGAUAGAUCAAUUCCAGAAGGCAAUGAUCUCGGGGGUGCUUGCGAAGAAGAUCAUGGAUUCUUUUGUGCUGCUGACUUGCUUCGCCUAGAUAGUUCUGUCACUGAUGAUGUUGACAAACUAGCACUAAACGAACUCUUUGAGGUUGCCUCCGAGGAGUGUAAAAACAGUCCGUUAAUUAUAUUGCUGAAGGACAUAGAGAAAUCAAUGGCUGGUAAUCCAGAGGCAUAUGCAGCUUUAAGGAUCAAGCUGGAAAAUUUACCAGAAAAUGUAGUUGCCAUUGCUUCCCAUGCCCAAAUGGAUAACCGCAAGGAGAAAUCUCACCCGGGGGGUCUUCUCUUUACAAAGUUUGGAAGCAACCAAACAGCACUUCUUGACCUUGCCUUUCCGGAUAACUUUGGUAGACUUCAUGAUAGAAGCAAAGACACACCUAAAACCAUGAAGCAACUCACUCGUCUUUUCCCAAACAAAGUGACCAUUCAGAUGCCUCAGGAUGAAAAUCUACUUUCGGACUGGAAACUACAAUUGGAUCGUGACGUUGAAACUUUGAAGUCGCAGUCUAACAUUAUUAGCAUUCGCUCAGUUUUGAGCCGGAAUAGCCUGGAGUGCCCUGACCUUGAAACAGUUUACGUAAAGGAUCAAGCCCUGACAAGUGAAAGUGUGGACAAAAUAAUUGGCUGGGCUUUGAGCCAUCACUUCAUGCAAUGUGCUGAAGUGCCAGCUAAAGAUGCCAAACUCACAAUUUCCAGCGAAAGUAUUAGGUAUGGAUUGAACAUUCUACAAGGAAUUCAAAAUGAAUCUAAGAGUUCGAAAAAAACGCUCAAGGAUGUGGUUACUGAGAAUGAAUUUGAGAAGAGGCUGCUUGCGGAUGUUAUUCCGCCAAGUGAUAUUGGGGUUACUUUUGAUGACAUUGGGGCAUUAGAGAAUGUGAAGGAUACAUUGAAGGAAUUGGUCAUGCUACCUCUUCAGAGGCCGGAAUUAUUUUGUAAAGGACAGCUGACAAAGCCUUGCAAGGGAAUACUCCUUUUUGGCCCACCUGGUACUGGAAAAACAAUGCUUGCUAAAGCUGUUGCAACUGAGGCUGGUGCAAACUUUAUCAACAUAUCAAUGUCCAGCAUUACCUCCAAGUGGUUUGGAGAAGGUGAGAAGUAUGUAAAAGCAGUGUUCUCACUAGCUAGUAAAAUUGCUCCCAGUGUUGUUUUCGUCGAUGAGGUUGACAGCAUGUUAGGAAGACGUGAAAAUCCUGGAGAACAUGAAGCCAUGCGCAAAAUGAAGAAUGAGUUUAUGGUGAACUGGGAUGGUCUGCGUACAAAGGAUAAGGAACGCGUACUGGUACUUGCUGCCACCAAUAGACCUUUUGACCUUGAUGAGGCAGUUAUCAGGAGACUGCCCCGGAGAUUGAUGGUAAACUUGCCAGAUUCGCCGAACAGAGAGAAAAUUCUCAGAGUUGUAUUGGCUAAAGAAGAAUUGACACCUGAUGUUGAUCUUGAAGUAGUUGCUAAUAUGACUGAUGGUUAUUCAGGAAGUGACUUGAAGAAUCUUUGUGUGACAGCAGCCCAUUGUCCCAUACGAGAAAUUUUGGAGAAGGAAAAGAAGGAGAAAGCUCUGGCAUUGGCAGACAACAGACCGUUACCUGCUCUGCAUUCCAGUACUGAUGUUCGCCCUUUAAACACUGAGGAUUUUAAAUAUGCACAUGAACAGGUAUGCGCAAGUGUGUCAUCGGAGUCUGCAAAUAUGAGCGAACUCCUCCAAUGGAAUGAUCUAUAUGGAGAAGGCGGGUCAAGGAAGAAGAAAUCCCUCAGUUAUUUCAUGUAGAGGAGGUACUUUUAGGUGUAUAGAGUGCCUUGUUUAGUUUAUGUCCUUUUUUCAUAACCAAAGCUCUAGGUAAAUCUAUGGGCCCUGUAUUGAUGGAAGUUUCAUUACAGUGCUCCCUCACCCACCCAAAGUCCCUUCCCUAUUGCAGGCCCUUGUGUAUCAUAUUUAGCUCAUGGAUAUUUUCCCUCAUCCAUUUAAAUUUUUUAUUUUAUUUCUAGGCUUGUUUUAUACCAAGUCUUUUGCUACUUAAGGCCUUGUUUGUCUGUAUAUACAAUUCGAUUAAUUUAAUAAGCAUCCUUGUGCCUGUA